UAUUAUCCGCGCGAAAAGGUGGAAUAUUGUUUUUGUUAAUAAGCAGGAAACUAAACACUACAAAUUUCAGGUAAAUGAGAGAGUAGCAGUACAAGUAUGCAUGGCGUUAGAUUUAAAGGGCAAGUGAAAUACAGUGGACUUAACAGUGGGAAUAGCAACUGGAAGUUAGGGUCUAUUGAAAUUAUCAAAAAAUCAGGGUCUUGGCACUGUAACUUAUAUUUUGAUUGUAAUUCAAAAGAAAGACCAGUGCAUGCAUACAGAAUCUCAGCUAAGAAUAUUAUACAUACCAUUUAUAAAAACAGAUUUGUUUUAGAACUGAAACAGAUUCAUUUUCACUUCAAACCAACCGAAAAUACGGCAGUUGGCUGUAUAGAUAAAAUAAAAGCUAUAAUGAAUGAAGUACUUGGGGACAGAGCAGAUGAAAAUGGUAUAUUAAGAACACCAGAGUUGAAGAGAAAUUAUCAUUCUACCCCGAAUAAAACUCUACCAUAUAUAUUCAACAGUUCUAACAAUUUAUCAAAUGUUGAUAUGAUUAAUAUGAUCGACGAUACAGAAAAUAAUUCGCCUGAUGUUCUGGCAAAAAGUUCCCAUGUUUUAAAUGGGGAAGAUGUUGAGUCUGGUGAUGAUUUUGAAGAAGCAAAGGAAAACAAAUAUCGUGGUCCUACUAGUGCCUUCACUCCAGAACAAUUCUUAAAACGUGGAACUGAGAAGUCUCGUGAAACAUUGAAAUCUAUAACUGCUGGCGGCUUCUAUAGUAGUAGUACUGUUAAACAAAGUACUCCUAUGUUAACUUUAAAUGGGUCUUCAAGUAAAAGAUCAUUAGGUUUUAUGCCUGAUCCUACUCCUGUGAAGAAGUUGAGAUUAUCAGAUUGUAAUUAUUCAUGGGUAAAAAACAAGAGUACACCAAAAAUAGAAAUAAAUAAAACUAGUUCUUUACAUGGGUUUUCUAAUCUAGGUAAUACUUGUUAUAUGAAUGCUACGUUACAGUCAUUGUUUGGUUUAGAUACCUUCUCUACAGAUUUAAUCUAUACUAAUAGACAUCUCAUGCAAAAACUCUCACAAGACUCAUUGUAUUAUCAUUUAGCUAAGUUAUUAAAGGCACGACGAAAUACCAACUUGGCCGAUUCUCAAAGACGCGAUUUUUUACGUAACGUCAAGAGAGCUAUAUCAACGUCUGCUAAGAGAUUCUCAGGUUAUCAACAACACGAUGCUCAUGAAUUUUUAGGUCAAGUUUUAGAUCAAUUGAAAGAAGAAGUAAUGAAAAUAGAGAAAUUAAAGAAUGUUUCAACACCACCAAAAGAGCUGAACAAUAAUAACCAAUUAACUAAUAAUGUUGAUGACAUCAUCAACCCAACUGUGCAGAAUUUUGAAUUUGAAGUUCACCAUUCAAUCCGAUGUUUACAGUGUGAUGAAGAGGUCGAAAAGUUAGAACAGUUUAAUGAUUUAUCAUUGGACAUGCCUAAAAGAUAUAACAGUAUGGGUUCAAGGUCAAUACAAGAUGCGUUGAAUGUGUUUUUAGAUAAAGAGAAAAUAGAAUAUUUAUGUAGUAAAUGUGGUCAUGAUAAAUCAGAAGUCACACACAGAUUUAAAACUUUACCCAGAAUUCUAGUUUUACAACUCAAACGGAACCGAUACGAUUCUGUGGCAUCUAAAAAUGGUAAAGUUAUUCAGGGUAUCCGAAUUCCUAAAUUAUUGUCAUUAGGAUAUUUCUGUAAUGAAGACACAGUUCCUUGUAAAUCAGUACCUAAUUUUAUCCCAAAUAUCAGAUUUAGAAAGUUAUCCCAGACUAAUGAGGGCAAUUCUAGAAUAGACGAUGAACUUCCACCUUUACCAGAUUUUGAUGAAAUUUUAAAGGAUAAAACAGAAGAUGAUGACAUAGCUAAAGCUAUAGAACUUAGUUUAGCUCAACAAAAACAACCGAAUGAAGAAAAUGAAGAAACUGAAGAAGAACAACUUGCAAAAGUUUUAGAACUUAGUCGGAGAGAAGGUCAGAAAGAUGCAACAGAAUUAAACAGUUUUUGUUCUGAUCCUGAGUUAGAAAAAUUAACCGAAGAUGAGCGAAUAGAGUUGGCUAUACAACAAAGUUUAAUGUUAGUUGAAGAAGAGGAAAAUAAACAUAAUACAUCCACAGAUGAUCUACACUCUAAUAAUAAUAGUUUUAAUGGGGAAGUAGAUUUACGCUGUUUCGAGGACAAGGAGAAUUUAUUUGAUGAUUUAGAGAUUUGUCCGACAGCAGAACAAGAAAAUGAACGAGAAAGAGAGUACAGAUUUAAAAAGUUUGAUACCGAUAGAGAUUUUCCCUUUAGUUCCUAUCGUUUAGUCAGCAUAGUCAACCAUAUUGGUAGUUCCUCCAGUACAGGUCAUUAUAUAAGUGAUGUAUUUGAUUUAAAGAAACAGUCAUGGAGUAGUUUUGAUGAUGCUAGAGUGACUCCUAUGUCAGAAACGGAGGUUUGCAAUCGAAGAGAAAAAUCAGGAUAUAUAUUUUUCUAUAUGAAUAAAACUAUUUUCGAAGAGAUGACAGGAAUGUAUUCUACAGCAUCUAUAACAGACACAAGUUGAUACACACAGAACUAAACACAGAGAUAUUUCAUUUUCUACAGAGGAAAAAAAAAACCCUGCCUCUUAAAAAAAAAAAAGGAAUUGAUAAAAAAAAAAGAGUUUGUGCUUGCUAAUUUGAUUGCUUGAAGUGAUUUCAUAAGUAUGGUGGAAAAUUAAUCAAAUUGAAAUUCACCAUUGCUCUCACUAACUUUUUGGACUCUGGUCAGAUACAAAGCAUAUGUGUAUUCGAUAAGGAAUUCAGUGUGAUCAUAUCAUUGUUCUGGAGAGCUUUAACUCAGAAUGAUGAUACCACUUCUCAUUAUAAGUAUUUAAUUUUUUUUUUUAUGCUUUGAUAAAGUGCCCACAUACCUAUUACUUACACAUUAAAACAAAACUAACUAAAUGUUGGCAUCAGCUCAAAUCGUACCUCACAUCUUGUAUGUAUUAAAAUAAUCAAUGAAAGCACGGAAAAAAGACAAGUCUGUGUGAGACAAAAUGUUAAGUGCUAAAAGAAUUGUGUCUGACAAGGCCUGAAUUUUUGCCGGACAUUGUCAAGUGAAAGGUGCCUUAUUUCCAUGCUUGCUAUCCAACUAGAUUGAAUUAGUUAGCGAGGAUGUGGUGUUUUCAAAUGAUUUUACUUACUUUACGGGAAUAUAUUUAUAGAAUAUUUUUUAUGGUUGAGUAGUAUUAAACUCAAAUAAUUGUAUUUAUGUCAAUAUUAUUAUACCAUGGUUGAAUCACCUAUGUGUCAUAUUAAUUAUGCUUCUUAAUUUAAUAAGAACUAUAUGAUGUCUUCUCCAUCAUCUUUGUAUUGUACGGUCACAUACGAAAAUCAGUGCUAAGUUAUCCAAGAUCAAAAAAACAAGCCUGUCAAGUUUCUUGUCGUUCGUGCUUGGACUAAUGGAGUCUUGGGCAUCACUCGAAGUGCAUCUCCCCCCCCCCCCCCCCAGCCCCCAAAGAAGAACAAGGUUCUGGACCACCAGUUCAUGGUCCGAAAUUCUAACAAUUUAAGUCUUGCUUCAUACAAUCGUUAUCUCUUGAUAACUUGAUAAAAACCAGGUAUCAAUAUGUCUUGUCAGUCUGUAGAUUCAAUAGUGUUAACAAUUACAUAAUGCCUGUAUAGUUUGUCUUGUCUGCAGGGUUGUCUUGUUGGUUUUGUUUGUAGUGGAGUUCUCCUGCACUUACUGUACAGAUUAUCACCCUUAUUGUUGUCAAGAAAUUUUGAUAUUAUCUCCAACUCAUGCCGUCAACUGGCAGACCAUUGCUAUUCAGGAGAUAAACCACUGUCAAAACGGUUGCAUUAUUUCUUUUUUAAAUCUUUCAUCCAAUUUUUUUUCAAUUUGUGUCAAGCCUAUAUUGUUACAGGCCUGGAACUGUACAGUGCAGUAGACAUAUACGGCUGGCCCCCAGAUCCAUUAACUUGAUUUGAUAUUUGUUGUUUAUUUCUUGCAAUGUCAUGUGGUUUUUCUUGUCUGCAGGUUUAUCGUGUCAGUUUUGUUUUGUGUGUAGUGCAGUUCUCCUAUGGCACCAGUAGAACAAGAAAUCACUUAUUAAUAUUGAGAUUUAUCUUAUAGAAAAUAACGAAAUGACUCCAUAAUAUAUCAUAUCUGAUAUUGAUAUAAAAUUGUAAGAUCAUCUAAAACCUGAAGGAUAACCUUAAAAUGUCAUUUAUUAUUUCUUCCGUUUACAUGUAUUAUCCCUUUCAAGUAUUUAACUUUUACAUCACUGAAAAUUUAAAAUUUGUCCAAAGUUCAAUUGUGUAACAAGUGUGAUAAUUUGUAAAUUAUUUCAAUGACAUUUAGUUAUUGAACUGGAAAUACACAUGUCACAAUUCUAUGGGAUGCUAUUACUGUUUAUAAUUGGGCAAUGUCUAGGAUCCGUAGCUCUUAAAGAAUUCUAGUCACACCGUUGCUCAUUAAAAAUAGUGUUCCAUAGAAUUCUAUAAUGCUUUGUAAUUGUAGUCUUGACAUUUGAAGAUCACUAUUUAUCCAUCAUACAGUUUGAAACAUGUAUUUUGUAACUUAGUCAGAAAUUAUCAGUGUAAUUUGUGUGAACAUGACUUGACUAUCGCUGAACACUAUAUUAUAUAAUAAUCUGCUAUGGACUAUACUCUUUAGAACAAUGCAUAAAGGUUUUACCUUUUCACAGAUCACACCAGCUUUAUUGAUGUUAUACUCAAGGUCUGCACCAUUUUGAAAGGAUUUGGGCAGAAUUGGGUCAAUAGAGGUUGAUGACAACUUCAAGAAAUAGGAUCAGUAAGCCUUCCCCCAUUAAUAUUAACAGACCACAACAAAUAAAUUAUUGUUGAUGAUUUGUUAUGUAGCAUAUCACUACACUAAAUUGGCAAUUAUAGCAAGACUCCAAUCUGUUUCAAAUACAGAUCUAUAGUUCGUUUUUUUUUAUACUUUCGAUGGCCUACACGACAUGAAGAUCUGACCAGUUGUAGCGAUAGGUUGCGUCAGAGGUCAUACAAGUAGCUUUUGACCCUAUGACAUCAAACAUUUGAUUAACCAAUCAGCAUUGAUGUUACUAGUAGAUUACCAAGAGUUCCGUGUAAAACAUGCCUAAAGCUCGCCGUAACAGACCAUUUCAUUGGCUAAUUCCUCCCACCAUUCAGAACAGUCAAUGAAAACAACUCUUCCAUAUCCUAGUGUAGUAAAGACAAGUAAAACAAAAUUUUGAACUGUAAAAAACAAAACAAAAUAGGAUCUGUGAUUUAAACAGAUUGAGCAAGACUCCUAGUAUGAAUGAUGGGACGAUAGGUCUUGUAUAUUGUUAACUGAAAAUUUAUGUUCAUAUUAAAAUAUCUAGUCUUCGAAAAAAAAAAAAUAUAUAGAAAUAGGAUUUUUAAUUUUUUUUGUUAUUUAAAUACAUUAAUAUAUAUUAUAAAGUCGGGAUUGAAAGUAGUGUGAGAGACAAUCAACUUAUGUGAAAAGCCAUUUUGAACUUUCCCUCUGUCAGCUGCUACCAUAAUAUACCAACUAAGUGGGUGUACUGCGGGGAAGGCCAAGAUGAUAUUAGGAUUACAUUAAUAAAUAAUGUAUUUGUUGAUUAAAAUAAAUAAAACUUUGAAAAUAUA